GAAUGAAAGUUGAGUGAAUGUUGUGAUUGUUUAUGUAGUUAUUAAAUAUGAGUGACAUUCUUCGAGCUUUAAAAGACCACUUCGGAUUUGACAAGUUUCGAUCUCAGCAGCAGGAGGAUGUCGUGAACGCGGUGCUUAAGGGUGACAGAGAUGUGUUUGUGUGUAUGCCAACUGGAGCAGGGAAAUCUCUGUGCUAUCAGCUCCCUGCACUUCUGGCCACUGGCAUCACCCUGGUCAUUUCUCCUCUGAUUGCACUCAUUCAGGAUCAAGUGGAUCGCCUCAAAGCUCUGAAUGUUCCAGCACGUUCCAUCAACUCCAAACUUCCAUCAGCCGAGCGUCGUCAGAUCCUAGCAGACCUGGAGAGCGACAGUCCUCGUCUCAAACUGCUCUACAUCACGCCAGAGAUGGUGGCCUCGCCGUCCUUUCAGCCCUGCUUGAACUCGCUGUGUUCACGAGGUCUUCUGGCGUAUCUCGCUGUGGAUGAAGCUCACUGCGUCUCUCAGUGGGGACAUGACUUCAGGCCGGACUAUCUGAAGCUGGGUGACCUCCGCUCUCGUCUGCAGGGCGUUCCUUGCGUAGCGUUAACCGCCACGGCACCCAAGAGAGUGCAGGAGGACAUCGAGCGCUCGCUCAGACUUCGAUCGCCACUUGUUUUUUCCACGCCUGUUUUCCGUAAAAACUUAAAAUAUGAUGUCAUAUUCCGAGAUUUGUUGCCUGAUCCUUAUGCCCACUUGCUUGGGUUUGCUAAGGAAGCACUGGGUGGAAAUCCAGCAGGAAAGGGAUGUGGGAUUGUUUACUGUCGAACCAGAGAGAGCUGCGAGGAAGUGGCAUUUAAAUUGACUAAAUUAGGAAUAGCUGCCAAGCCAUACCAUGCGGGGCUGAAGGUGGCCGAUCGCACGGAGAGCCAGUCUGACUGGAUGGCGGAUAAAGUGGCUGUUAUUGUAGCCACCAUCAGCUUUGGUAUGGGAGUAGACAAGGCCAAUGUCAGGUUUGUAGUUCACUGGAAUGUAGCGAAGUCUUUGGCGAGUUACUAUCAGGAGUCAGGACGAGCGGGUCGUGAUGGACUGCCAUCCUCCUGCAGAAUAUACUACUCAACCAAAGACAGAGACCAACUCAACUUCCUCAUCCGGAAAGAGAUUGCACGCAAACAGGAAAAACGAGGAUCCGAGAAAGAGCAGGAUAAAGCUCCCAUCCUGGACUUUGAUGCUAUGGUUGCUUUUUGUGAACAAGAAGGAUGCAGACACGCCACCAUCUCCCAGUUUUUCGGUGAUCAGAAACCCAACUGUGCUGGCGCAUGUGACUUCUGUCGGGACCCCAAACUCGUCCGCGCUCAACUUGCAAGAGCAGCAACCCUCACCACUAGAACCGGCCCGGCCCAGAGCACCCAGCCCAGUGGUCCGUUCGGAUUUGAUCCUGGACUCUAUGCGGGAGGCAGGAAGGGUUAUGGGUUUGAGAGAUAUGAUGAGGAAGAGGGUGAAGAUGCUGAAGAGGAUUCUGAGAGGAGAAAAAAACAGUUUGGAGAUCUCUUCAAGAAGCAGAUGAGCAUGAGAAAGGGUUCAGAUGUGGGAAGAGAGACAUUUGUUCCACCAGAUGCGGACUGUCCGUUAAAGGACGCCGGUAGUCAGAAGAUCCCCAGACUCACAGUGAAGAGCAGAGAGCACUGCCUGUCUCUUCUGCAGGAGUGUCUGAUCAACCACAAGAGGGCACUAGAGAACACAAAUAGCUUUGACACACUCGAUCAGGCCGUGCAAAUAGAGUACGAGAUCUUCAAAACCUGUAAAUCAGCCAACUUGUACAAAGCUGCGGUUCUCAAGAGAGUGUCAGAGAUGAAGAAAGCUGUGGCGUCAGACGUUUCUGAAGACAGACGGACAGAGACUGAUGAAGAGGCCGGACCCUCCUCUUCCUCAUCUCAACCUCAACCUGAUCUGCAAGGCUUCACUUCAGCCUCUCAGAUUUACUCCCUAAAGAGAAAGCGAGUAGGUGCAGGUUUUCGUGGUUCGUCCAGCUUGUUUCAGACGGCUGCAGAUCUUCUGAAAGAAACUCUUGCUACAAACACGUCUACAGACCCCAACUGUGAGGAGGAGGAGGAGGAGGAGAAGGAAACGGGAGGAAAACCAAAGAUUAAAAGCAGCACUUCAUCUCCUGUCAAAGCCAAAAGCAGCACAACUUCCUCCCUGAGCAGCCCAAAUAAAAAACUCACUAAGAAACAGCAGAAACUAGCAGAAGCAGCCAAAGACACCCGCUGUAUAUCACAGUAUUUUGGAAAAAAGCAAGUAGACCCCAUCCAGAUAAAAGGAGGAAAUGUGUCACCAUCAGAGCUCAGGGAGGAAAGCUCAGGAUCUCAGGAUCAUUCAUCUUCUGACUUUAUAACAGUGAAGAGCAAUUCAACAGAUGUUUCAGGGAGCGGUGGUCUUUUGGAGAACCCUGCUAUGAACGCAAGUCCUCCUCUAGAACCGACGGUCAAACGAGAUGAGAUGGACUUGGACCCUGAGGUCUCCACUGAUCCAGGGAUUGAGGGAGAGAACAACAAAUCAGGGACCCAGGAAAUGCAGCCAAAACAAAUAUAUGAAGACAGGUCCCAGUCGCCUCCUGUUAAACGCAGCCGCAUGCUAAAGGAAAUAAGGAGAGUGACCUUUGACCCAGUGGUGCAGGAGAAAACGAUGAAUGGAGACACUGCUGAGAUUCAAGAACACGCUGUGACACUGAAGGAAGCUGCUGAUGUCGUGGUUAAAUGUCUGGAUCCUUUCUACAAAAAGGGAAAAUUUGCCAAUAAGGACUUGUUCAAAUCUUUCGCCCGAUUCCUCUCCCAUCUCCUCACUGAGAAAAAAAAUGUAAAUCGAGUCCAAGUGAAGUUAGAAGCAAUAAAGUUCAUCAAGAGUUUCUUCAGCCGGAUCGAGCGCUGUGAGAGCGAAAUGGACUGGAAGCACUUGAAAAUCAAAGAUAGAUAGAAAUCACAGUGUCUCUGUGUCCUAUCAUCAAAACCUGUGAACGUCCUCCAUGUGUGGAUGCUGUAUGUUUAGCGACAGGCUGCUGUGUGUCUCAGGUUCAUCGUGAGGGCUUAUGCACAUAUUGCACACAAAUCUGAACUUUACCCGUUUUAUUUUUAAGGUCCGAACAGACCGCAAUAACUGUUAUGUAGCGUUUAUUGCUGCUAAUGCGCUCUAUAGUAGUACGAACUGUUAUGCAAACUACAUUAAAAAGGGCAAAUGUGCACAAAUACAAAAUAAGUAGUAGUUUACAAGGAAUAAAUUAAGAAAAAAGUAACUAAUGUACUCGCCCGUGUUUACUUUAUUUAUUUUAUUAUUUAGUUUUUCUUUGUGUUGCUUUUAUAUAGAGUAUAGAAUAUAGAUGAGUCUUAUAGUUCAUAAUGACCACUACAGUCAAUCUUUAAAAAAGCAUGUAAACUGUCUAAGUGCCAAUAUGACGUAUACACUGUGUUUCAGAUCAAGUUUUGUGUGAAUUUCAGUAGGGUAUGACUCACACAAAGAUAUUUUACAGCACCAGAAGACAUACAGCAUAAUUGUUUGGGAUGCUUUUAUGCCUCCCCUACUGAAAAAAACUUGUGAGCUGGUUUAAGCUGGUCUCCUAUCUUGGUAAUAGCUGGUUUUUCUGGUGUAGCAAGCUGGUCUUACUGUGUUUUGGUCACUUUAUAAGAUGUUCAGGCUGGAACCAGCUACUACCACCUUAACCCGGCUAAAACUAGCUACCAGCUUAUGCUGGUCUUUUUCAAUAUGGUAGCUUUACAGGCUAAUCGCUAUUAUGAAUAGUAUGCAAACGAUCUGCUUAAAGACUUUCAACACGUAUGUAACAGCUGUAUGGGUUUACAACAGUGUGUCAUGGAAAAACAAUAAAAUAAUACAUUUUU